GGCGCCCUAACCUCUCUGGUCUCUGGUCAUAUGAACGUGAAGGGAGAAGCCCGGGGCGCCAUGACUUGGAAAAAUCCCCACAAGACUGGAGGAAUGGCGCCGCACACAGAGCUCCUCGGUAACCGUCUCUAAACUAAAGAGGUUUUGCAGUCAUUUCCUCACCAUGGCAGUCAAGUCAUCUCUACUAAAGGUGAUCCUGCUUGGAGACGGUGGCGUAGGCAAGUCGUCCCUCAUGAACCGCUACGUGUCUGACAAGUUUGACGCGCAUCUCUUCCACACCAUCGGAGUUGAAUUCCUCAACAAAGAGCUGGAGGUGGACGGGCGGCGGGUGACCCUGCAGAUUUGGGACACUGCCGGUCAGGAGCGCUUCCGCAGCCUGCGCACACCAUUCUACCGCGGCUCAGACUGCUGCCUUUUGACGUUUGGUGUGGAUGACGCACAAAGCUUCCUCAACCUCGGGCACUGGAGGAAGGAGUUUGCCUACUACGCUGACGUGAAGGAGCCGGACAGCUUUCCUUUCAUCAUUCUCGGCAAUAAAGUCGACGUGGCGGAGCGGCAGGUGACCAGCGAAGAGGCGCAGAGGUGGUGUUAUGAUAAUGGAGGCCACCCAUAUUUCGAAACUAGUGCCAAGGACGCAACAAAUGUCGCUGAGGCUUUUGAAGAGGCUGCAAGGCGUGUCUUGGCGCUGGAGGAUCGUCAAGCACACGUCAUGCCCUCGGACGUUGUGGAUUUGCGCAGGAAGCCGCGCUCUGGCAGUCGCUGUUGUUUGUAACCCCUGGAGGUUAUGGUGAAGUCAGUCCAUGACCCAUUUAAAAGCUGCCUAAUGAACUUGUAAGGACUUACUGAAGCUGUGCAAAAGCUGUAUUAGUCUUUUAGGGGUUUUAUUGAUCCUGGACAUAUUGAAUGUCUAGUAGUAGUAAGUCAAAGCAACUGGACUAUAGUUAUAAUCUUUAAAAGUACCUGCCCACAUGUUUGGUCUGUAAACCUAUUGAAGGCUCUUGCAAAAUGUUUAGCAUUAUCACACAAAUGGCUUUGACUUGAUGCUUUUACACGUUCAAUGUGUCCCAGAAACCCUCACAGACUGUUAGAGCUUCUGCGUAGCAGGUGGCACUAGUGUGCAACAAUCUGUAGCUCCAGUAAGUCCAGUAAAUCUGCAGUUUUUGCAUUAGAGGUCUUUUUAGGCCAGUGAAAAAGUCAAGCACUCACAGGGGAAUAUAGUUUAAUGUACCAGUCAAAGUUUUGAGUACACUGAAUUGAAACUAAGAUAUGAACCCAUUAAAUGUGUCCAUAACCACUUA